CGUCGGUGUCAGUACCAUGACAACAGCAGGUCGAGCGUGAGAAGCUGAGAUGGCUUGAGCUGUCUUGUCUUAGCUCACAUUACUGGAGAAAAUAGCACUGCAUCCAGGAUGUCUUUAUUUAAGGCUCGUGAUUGGUGGGCUUCAGUGCUGGGUGAGGGUGAGGAGUUUGACCAGGGAUGUCUGUGUGUUGGGGAUGUGGAUAACAGUGGAAGUGGAUAUGAUAAGAUUGUAGUGGGCAGUUUUAUGGGGAUGUUACGCAUCUUCUCACCACACCCUGCUAAACCAGAGGAGCCGACGGAAGCUGACGCCCAGCUGCUGGAGGUUCAGCUGCCUGACCCCAUCAUUCAAGUGGAGAUGGGCAAGUUUGUCUCUUGUUCAGAGUUGCUCCAUCUGGCAGUGCUUCACCCCAGGAAGCUGUCUAUCUAUGCUGUGUCAGGUACUGCUGGGAAUGUUGAACAUGGUGACCAGUAUCAGCUGCGACUGGUGUAUGAACACAACCUGCAGAGAACAGCUUGCAACAUGACUUAUGGUCCCUUUGGGGGUGUCACAGGUCAUCAUUUCAUCUGUAUCCAGUCCAUGGAUGGGAUGCUGAUGUUUUUUGAGCAGGAAACGUAUGCUUUUGGUCGCUUCCUGCCUGGCUUCCUGUUGCCCGGCCCUCUGAGCUACUGCAUCCGCACUGACUCCUUCAUCACGGUCUCCUCCACCCGGCAGGUGGAGUGCUACAGGUAUGAGACACUGGCUGUAGCCACAGAUGCAGACACCAGACAAGACUCUGAUCAGCAGAGCAAGAGCUCAGGGAAGAGACUGACGGCUGACUGGACACUGGUGUUAGGAGAAGAGGCUUUAGAUAUCUGUGUUCCCAACACAUCUUCAGCGAUGUCCUCCAUCUUCGUGCUGGGGGAGAGAAAUUUAUUUUGUCUCAAGGAUAAUGGUCAGAUCCGCUUCAUGAAGAAAUUGGAGUUCAACCCCAGCUGUUUCUUGCCCUACGGAUCAGUUUCUGAGGGUUCCACCAACAUCCUGAUGUGUAACCAUAACAACAUGCUGCUGGUGUACCAGGAUGUGACGCUGAAGUGGGCGGCCCAGCUGUCCUGUGUGCCUGUGGCUGUACGCAUCGCUAACUUCCCGGAACUGAGGGGGUUGGUGGCGACUCUGAGCUCUGACGGGCAUCUCCAGUGCUCUUACAUGGGCACUGACCCCUCCUUCUUCACUGCACCUAAAGUGGACGCCCGAGAGGUCAACUAUGAUGAGGUCGACACAGAGAUGAAAAUGCUGCAAAAGGUUAUUCGCGAGGCUACCAAAACCCAAGACAUUCUCCCGAGGGCAGAGACUGAGGAAGAGCUUACUCUGACUGCCAUAGUCUCAUCUAACCUUGAUGAAGUCUCGUGCGCUGUCAUACCUGAGAUGAAUGGCAUGCCUGUCCCCUCUGUCACAGUCAAGGUUAAAAUAAAGAGUCGUUCUGCGGUGCAGAGCCCAAAGGUGACGGUGUGUGUUCAGCCUCCUCUAGCAGUCACGCAGGACCAGUUUGUGUUGGACUCCAUGGGAAUCCCUCGAGUAUCUCAGUGUAAAUUCAACCUGCCCCUUCGGUUAGUGUGCUACCCCUCCUCAGCUAUCAAAAAUGCCAAGUACAAGAUCACUGUGGACACCAACAAACCUCCCAUCAACCUCAAUGAAGUCUUCCCAGAUUUCUCUGAGAAGUCAGAAAAAAAUGACAGCAGUGCUUUGGGCUUCCAACUCAUCACAGGCUCAAGGGUCAUUGUCCUUGCCUCCAAAACGUCCCAGCGUUACAGGAUCCAGAGCGAGAGCUUUGAGGAUAUCUGGCUAGUAGCCAAGGAGCUGGUGCAGCGUUUCGACCGGCACUUUGCCUCCCUUGGAGUCAAAGACUUUCAGAACAGCUUUACUGGACCAAUUCCGCUGCCUGAGUACUUUGAGACAGUGGACCACCACUUUGAGCUUCGUGUGAAUGCGCAGAAGUAUCAGGAUUUGCUGUCGGAGAGAGCUGUCCAGUUCAGGGCCAUCCAGCGCCGUCUACUGACCCGCUUUAAAGACAAAACCCCAGGGCCACUUCAAAACCUGGACACACUGAUGGAGGGAACCUACCGCCAAGUUAUAGCAUUAGCAGAUGCAGCAGAAGACAACCGGGAGCGUUUGAUCCAAGCUUUUACACGUUUGCGGAGCGCCACUCACCUCCUCAUCCUGCUGCUGUCUCUGUGGCAAGGGCUUGGCUCAGAGCAGACUGCCAUCCUGGAGGCCACGCUCCUACCGCUGCUGCAGGACACACCGCAACUUGGCUGGGAGGAAAGCGUGGAUGCAGCCGUCUCCCACCUCUUAAAAUCGUGUCUGUCACGCAGCCCCAAAGAUCAGGCCAUCAGCUUGAGCACCGGCCCACUAACCAUCCCAAAAGACAUGUCACGUCUGAAGAAACACAUCACGCUGCUCUGUGACCGCUUGGGCAAGGGUGGCCGUCUCUCACUCACCUCAGAAGCCAAUGUCCCUACAACUGUCAUGAUGCCAGUUGGAUGUGAGUCUAUUCCUGAGCCGAUAGUUGAGCAGGAGGAAGAACCACCGCUGCAGCAGGACGCCGCCAAGUACAUUAAAAAGAAACAGCCAUCCAAGAGAAUCAAGAGCAAGUCAGGUACGGAGGCUAGCUGUGAAAACGAGGGAGAAGUGUUACACAUCCCCAACAUCACAGACAACCCCUGCAUCUCCUGCGUCUGUCUGAAUCAGAAAGCAGACUGUAAGCAGGAGAAGUGUUCACCGCUGGCAGAGGACUGUGCGCUGGUGGUCAAACAGACAGGAGCCUGCUGUGAAAGAUGCAAAGGUUGUCAGCUAAAAGGGACGUCCUACAACAGUUCCCAUCACUGGAUCAGCCCUGUGAAACCCUGUGUCACAUACAGCUGUCAGGAAGGUGUCAUCACUGAAGCAGAAAUGAGGUGUGUCAUUCACUGUAAGAAUCCCAAAAACCACCCAAAGAAAUGCUGCCCAACUUGCCCAGGGUGUAUUUUCGAGGGAACUUUAUAUAAAGAAGACGAAGAGUUUCAUCCUGAAGGGAAUCCCUGUAUUAAAUGCAUCUGCACUGGAGGGCAAAGCAUGUGUCAUAAAGUGGUGUGUCCUGUUCUGUCCUGCCCAUCUCAUCUCACCCACACUGCACCUGGCCAGUGCUGUCCUAGAUGUCGUGGUCAGAGGAGGGUCUUUGACUUGUCGCCUGGCAGCUGUCUGUUCCACAGUGAGGUCUAUGAGAACGGUACAUCCAUUAGCCAUGACAACUGCACCACCUGCACAUGUGUGGACUCUACGGUGCUGUGCAGGAAGAGAUGCUCACCGCCUGGCAGCUGUCAUGGCAGUGCGUGCUGUGAAGAGUGCCAGUAUCAUCUGAAGAUGGAAGAUGUGAAGUAUUGCAGAGUGAAGAGCAAAAUCUAUAGGGAUGGUGACAGAUGGUCGUCUGCUAACUGUUCUCUGUGCACCUGUGUUAAAGGGAAUAUUGAAUGUCAGCCCAAGAUUUGUGUUCCUAUUACCAGCUGUCCCUCAAACAAGAUACUGAAUCGAACGGGAUGCUGUCCUGUUUGCACUGAUAAGCCAGGUGUGUGUACCGUAUUUGGAGACCCUCACUAUAACACUUUUGAUGGCCGCACCUUUAACUUCCAGGGCACGUGUAAAUACGUGCUCACUAAGGACUGCUCCCCAGCGGCCAGUUUCACAGUGCUGGUGAAGAACGAUGCCCGUCGCACACGCUCCUUCUCAUGGACCAAAUCAGUGGAGCUGCACACAUCAGGCCUGAGCAUCAGCCUCCACCAACACCUGACCGUCCGUCAAAACGGCACACGCAUCGCUCUUCCCUUCCAUAGCACAGGGGUCCACAUUGACCUGGAUGGAUACCUGCUCAAACUCACCACCAUCGCAGGACUGGAGAUCACUUGGGACGGGGACAGUCUGGUGGAGGUGGUCGCAGCACCCCAUCUGAAGGGGCAGCUCUGUGGGCUGUGUGGAAACUACAACAGUCAAAGGCGGGACGACUCUCUAGGAGGAGACGGCCAGAUUAAGUUUGACGUGGAUGAAUUUGCUGAGUCUUGGCGUGUGGAGGACAAUGAGGUGUGUCAGGCACCGAACCGCAGGCCCACAUCCUUCCUCUGUCCUGGCACAGUCAAAGUAAAGCUGCGUGCACACAGAACGUGCCAAAAACUCAAGUCCUGGGAGUUUCAGAAGUGCCAUUCUGCUGUAGACUUUACCUCUUUCUACAAGUCAUGUGUAACAGACAUGUGUGAGUGUCCAGUGCACAAGAACUGUUACUGCGAGUCAUUUAUAGCAUACAGUCGAGCGUGUGAGAGAGAGGGCAUUCGUGUGCACUGGAGACCGGAGCUCACCUGCAUGAGCACACAUUGCAAACAUGGCGCAGUGUAUGGCACAUGUGGACCUGGCUGCACUAAAACCUGCAAUAACUGGAACGAAAUCAGACCUUGUCAAAGGCCCUGUGUCGCUGGCUGCCACUGUCCGGCCAGCCUGGUCCUGUUUGAGGGCCACUGCAUUAAACCUACAUCCUGCCCCGGGCGAUGACCCACAGGACUCGUAUAGAAGCAGAGGGCUGCGAGAGAUCCAAACACACAGAGGGAAAGAGAACUGGGCACGCAAUUUUGCAAACAGGACUGUACAAUUCUCAAGAUACUGAGAGACACACACUGCUUCCCUCAGCAGGGAGACUCACCACUAGGUCCCUUUGGCUUCUCUGUGGGGACUCAGGAUCUCACUGCUCGCUGUAUGUGGAUUUCUCAUAGGUGGUGAAAACCAAAUCCUAAGUGCCUUACUGAAUGAGCUCAGUUACCAAUGCUUUAAUCAUAAAAAAGGACCUGAACUGGACAUUAUGUGUGGGGUAUAUGGCAUACAAUAGUAUUAUCCAUUUAUUGGGUCAGCCAGUAUUUAAUUCACAACUGCUUGUGUAAUGUAUUUGUUCUUUAUUUUGUAAGUCGGGGACUCAAAUGUGACUGUUAUAGCAUUAAAGAGACGUGUACU